AUGCUGCGAAAGCUUUGGAGCUCCACUGGGGAUACUUUCAGUUCGCAGGAGGAGGCUGCAAUAGUUAACUUGGCUUCGGCACAUAGCCGAUUGGUGAUUGAGAGUGGCCGCGUGAACACCAAGAGCGAGGCUGGGUUCAACUCAUGCGCCUUGUUUCUAGAAAGUUUGGAUUCCACUGCGCGAGUCAUGCACAUCGAUGCAGCGCCUCGGAAGUACCGAUCUUCCUUCACAAUAAACUACCGGGCACUUUUUCCAGAUGAGGCAAGGAACUACCGUGUCGACGUGCUUGAGGCAAGUGUCGAGCAGUAUGCGGUUAUCUGGGUCAACGGAGACAAGUUCGAAUUCAGCGCGGAAGCCAUGCGUCGCGCAGAGGCUCUGCAGAGAUGCUGGGCUGAUUUGGCUACACUUCUCGAGAGAUGGAACACGGAGCAGGUCCGUGCUUCCCGACCAUCAAGAAGCGACUUUCGAGAUGCGCUUGUCGCUCUCGACGUUGCCUGGGCAAGUUUUGAGCACAAGUACAUCAUGGAGCUGAUUGAGAUCGAAGAGAAAGCCCGACGACUAGUCGUUCAGGCCAUUGAACGUGAGAAGAAGCUCCAAUCGAUUGAGGCUCGUAGUGUGGAGGGUGACGUCUUUCAGCGGCCUGAUUACAAAGAGGAAUUGAGGCGAUUUGUGGCUUGCAUUGCCCAUCUCAACUCCGUCGCGAACGUUCGUCGCAAGGGCCGGGACGACUUGAGCAUGGAUGUCCUCCUGGACGCGAUGCAGACGUUGUCCAAGUGUGAUGCAGCAGAGAAAGGUGGUCAAAGCUCGGAAAAACUGGCAGCUGCCAGAAGCCUUACCAAAGACGUGUUGGAUUCCUUCACGGCGAUGAGGGAGUACCUUCGAGAGGUCGGGCGAUGUCUUGAGCGAGUGGACCCGCACCUCUGCAACAACGCCGGUUUGGUGGCCAGACUUGUGGACUGGGAGGAGAGCUGGGAGGUUGGAACUCGCUACGUUCAGCAAGAAAAGAUGUUGACUGCUGUUUGUGAUCUGGUAGCAGAGAUCCGGGCAGCACAGCGGCUUGCUCCCGUCCUCGCACAGAUGUGUGAAGAAUGUGACGUCGAAAUGUUUAUGGUCAUGCCCAGGUUGGCGUGGCUACGAUACUUGGACAAGCCAUGCCAACUCUACGGUCUCUUCAAGAGUCUUUUGCCUCACAGGUUUGCUGACUGCAACAUGCAGAAGGAGAAGCCGGAGCCCACUGACGCAGAGCUAGUCAGCUUGAUGCAAAGGUUUGGAAGGACCAAGGAGCUCUUGAUGGAAACCAUGAAGCCGAGCCAAGGCGGAAAGCUCACCACAAGUAACUUCGAAGAAGCCGCCUGGGAAGCGCUCGUCAAGCGUGUCGUGAAUGGAGCCAACGAGGACAUCUACGCAAGGGUCUCUCCCUCCCUGAGGGAGGCUGUCGAAAAGGAAGUGGAGGAGCUCAUGCGGGAUCUAGAAGCCUGGAGCAUGGAGCUUGCCAGGCACUGUCCGGAGGACUGGAACCAAUGCUGUGGUAUUCUUGUGCAAUGUUUAUCUGGAAGUGAGAAAGAAGGAAGUAAAGGACCCUUUCGUGUAUGA